GAAAAAACUUCACCAACACCACAUGGCCAACAAAACUUGCUCUCCAAACCCCACUUAGAAAAUUGAAGUUCCCUUUACCAUCUCUCUCUCUUUUCCUCUCUAUCUCUAUCUCUAUCUCUCUUAUAAUGGAGAGCGCACCCCCCAACCUUAACAGACCUCCUCCGCCUUUUCCAGCUCCGCCGCGCACCGUCGACUUCUCCGCUCUCGAAUUCAUCCUCGGUCUCAUCGCCGUCAUCACCAUCCCUGCCUUGAUCUACGCCUUCUUCUUCACCAUCAACUGUCCUCCCAACCCUUUCUCUCGAUCUCGCCGGAGCUCCACUGACUCCUUACCUUCCUUCUCCGGCGACAACGUCUCCACCGCCACCGCCGAAGACACCAGCAAGGAGAAAGAGGCAGUUAUGAGCUUUAAAUUUUUGAAAGAGAAACACGCCAAGGACAUCGUCGGUGGAGAUUGUCCAGUGUGUUUGUCGGUGUUCGUGGACGGCGACGAAGUGAAGCUGCUGAACGCGUGCAAACACUCUUUCCAUGCAACGUGUAUUGAUACGUGGUUUAAGACUCAGCCCAACUGUCCCGUUUGUCGGAAUCCGGUCGCCUUGAAGCACCGUCCGGAAAAUAGAAGUGGAAAUGGUGGUGGUGGAGAAGCUGAUAGGCAACAAGGUUUGCCUGAUGCUGCCAAUUUGGUUUAACACUAUCAUACAUAGUAUAUCUUUAUAUAAAUAUAUAAUUAUCUUUCUUUUC